GGAUGGCAUAUACCACGAGUAUUAGAGUUUGGCGUUGAAAUGGGUUUACAAUCGGCAAGGUUGUAUAAGAAAGUGUCCCUAAGUUAUAUCUUAGUAUUAGUAUUUUUAUCUCCUAGCAGGAGAUUAUAUGGAUUGUCUCUAGAAAACAACGGACUUAUUACUCGGGAUCUUAAUAUCGGCGACAAUUAA